CGGCUGACGUCCGCCCCGAGGGCUCGGCCGCCAUGGCGUUCGGCGGCGCCCGCGGGCUGGGGCCGCGCUGGGAGCUGCCCCGCGGCGCCGUCGCCUUGUUCCUGCUGCUGCUGUCGGCGGCCGCGACUCCGGAGCCGCCCGGCGCGGCUUGCUCUCAGAACACAAACAGAACCUGUGAGGAGUGCCUGAGAAACGUCUCUUGUCUUUGGUGCCACACAAAUAAGGCGUGCUUGGACUACCCGGUGAGCAGGAUCCUGCCACCCAGCUCCCUCUGUAAGCUGAGCUCCGCCCGCUGGGGCGUUUGCUGGGUGAACUUCGAGGCGCUGAUCAUCACCCUGUCGGUGGUGGGGGGAGCCGUGCUCCUGGCCGUGGCCGUGUGCUGCUGCUGCUGCUGCUGCCGGAGGAAGAAGAGCCGGAAGCCCGAUAAAAGUGAGGAGAAGGCGGCGCGGGAGCGCGAGGAGCGCAGGAUCCGGCAGGAGGAGCGGAGAGCAGAGAUGAAGUCGAGACAUGACGAAAUCAGAAAGAAAUACGGUUUGUUUAAAGAAGAAAACCCAUAUGCCAGGUUUGAGAACAACUGAGCACGCCGGCGCGGGACGUGUUGCGGGUCAGCGGAGCCCCGGCCGGCCCUCCCGUCCCCGCCGGGGCACAGCGCGGCCGCCCGCACACCUGCGAGCUUCUGCCCUUCUCUCUCUCUGCGCUUAGUCACUCCAGACACGGAGCCUGUCCAGGGGCGGGGGUUGGUGUGGGUUCUGUUGUUAGUCUCAGGAGGAAAGGCACACGUUCACUCCUCCCGGUGGGUAAGCCCCCUGUGGACGGGGCCGCCUGCCCUGCCUUCCGUCCCGGUGGCCUGCUGCUCAGUGCGGGGCGCACCUGUCCCUCGGUGCCUCUGCGUGCUGACUCGGGGUGCGCUCCCCGACCCCAGCCACUUGGAGCAGCACCCAGGCCUCGGGCCUAUGUUCUGUUUCGUCUUAAAUAAGUCUUAGAUUUCAUUCCUCCACCUAAAAUACUUCACCAAAAAACUCCACUGUCAAAAUUCAGACCACAUAUUGGACAGUUUGUAGAUUUUAAUUUGUAUCUGUACCAAACCUCAAGCUUGUUUCGCGGUGCAGACUGGGUACCACGUGAUGCUUUAAGGCCGCCUCUCCGGGGCGGCAGCUGGUGGUGCCGUGGGGUGGCCGCGGGCCGUGCUCACCUUCUGCCCCGUUGGUGGCAGGUGUCUGGUGCUGUGUGCAGAGGUGCACGUCAGGCUGCCUGCGCUCUGGUCACCUAGGGACCAUGGGUUGUUCCUCUAAGGGGGUGGGACCACACGCCGCGGGCCCCUCUGCAGGGCUCCGUCCACAGGGGAGCCAGGGUGUCCAGGCUGGCGGGAGGGACUCCCACGGGCUGUGCAGACACACUGAUGAUGGUCCUGGGACUGUGCCCCUUAGGGGUGUUGUGAGAGCUCCAGCAGAGGCAGCUCCCGGGGGUGGCCGGGGCCUCCAGGCGGCCUGUGGUGCCGUCUGUGGCGGUUCCGUUUCUCCCAUCAAGAUCUAGGACCAAGCGCUUGGUGUCGGACACGGCCGCAGACCGGGUCGUGACCAUGAACAGCCUUCCUCAGACCUGAGGAUAGGCCCGGCUGCUGCCCUGCAUGGAUUAGGAAGACGUUUAGCUUUGGGAACGUGGGUCGACAGGCACACGAGAACACGACGUGUUCUGCUUUCGCCCGCUGCCGGAAGCGUCCGGUGAAGUCCCCGCGCAGGCCCAGGUGAUCGGAACUCCGCCUGCACCGCGCCGGGCGUGCUGCCCUGCGGCCCCACGAGCUAGAACCCGACCUCCACAGACUCCGUCACCUUUCGGACUUCUCGGGCAUUUGAUAGCAGUUUAAAGUACUAUGAAGCCUUCCUGCUCUCGGACGCCAGCCGCGCGGUUGUCUUUCUACCGUUUAUUCCUGAGAAACUCUGUAACAGGCUUUAGCGGCCUUUGUAUCCAUACAGUCCCGCCGUGUAAGAUCAUUCCUGCCUUGAGUGUAGGUUGCUGAGCUCCCGCCCUCCACAUCCACACUGUGUAUCUGAUCCCUUCUGGGGUACUGAGCCCACGCCAGGGACCUGGAGGGCUGUCUCGGUCCCCACGCUUUUUUCUGAAAUAGCCCUAAGAGCAGCUGAUAUAACCUCAAGGAAACCGUGAAGCUCAGAGUGCCUUAAUUUUAACCAGUUUUCAAAAAAUGGUUUAAUACACACUUUGUUGAAUACA